GAGAAUUUCUCAUCUUCUUCUUCUUCACUUCCUGGUCGUUGCUAAGCUGGGUUUUACAACAGUUACUCUCGCUGUACCUUUGAAUUCAGUGUUGGGAAAGUUGAAUGCUUGUGGUGGAUUUAUGUUUCCUCUCCGCUGGCCCCUUUGCAACAUAGCAAGCGCGCAAGCGAGCGACUGAGAGAGAGAGAGAGAGAGAGAGAGAGAGGGAGAGAUUUCUUAGCUUCAUACGUGAAGAAUUGUGUUGGGAUUGAGGGGUGCAGUUUUUGGAAAGAUUGGUGGAGAGUUGUGGCAUUUUGGGUUUCUCGGUAGGGUUUUGUUUUGGAUGUUUUGAGUGGUCGCGAGAAAGAGGAAGGAGAGAAAGGAUAUGCGAUUUGUUCCUCGGCGGAUAAUGUCCGAAGCCAUGGGUAAGGCGGAGGCUGGAGCGACUGGGGCAGUGACGGGGGAGGUUCAGAAGCAGUCUAUUAUGGCGGCGAUCUCGAAACUUUUAACAUGGAGUCCUACCUCCCGGGAGGAGAUUAUUAAAUCUGAAAAAGAGCUUCUCACUCUUGUGAAGACCCCAUAUGUGGUGGAACAAGUGAACAUUGGAGCUGGGCCGCCAGGCUCAAAAGUUAGCUGGUUCAGGUCUGUUAGCAAUGAGCCUCGCUUUAUCAAUACAGUGACUUUUGACAAACCUGAUGCGCCAACAAUAGUGCUUGUGCACGGCUACGCUGCUUCUCAAGGGUUCUUCUUCCGUAAUUUUGAUGCACUGGCUUCGAAGUUUCGAGUCAUUGCUAUUGAUCAAAUUGGGUGGGGUGCCUCAAGCCGACCGGAUUUUACUUGUAAAAAUACAGAAGAGGCAGAAUCAUGGUUUGUUGAAUCGCUGGAGGAGUGGCGGAAAGCUAAACAACUAGGCGACUUUAUCCUGCUGGGUCACUCGCUGGGAGGAUAUGUUGCUUCACGAUAUGCUUUAAAGUAUCCGGAUCAUGUAAAGCAUCUUGUGCUAGUGGGUCCAGCAGGUUUUAAUGUUGAUUCUGAUAGAAUUAUGAAAUUUAAAUCAACAUGGCCAGGGGUUCUGAUCAACUGCCUCUGGGAAUCCAAUUUCACUCCACAAAAAAUCAUAAGGGGGUUAGGACCGUGGGGUCCGAAGUUGGUUAAUGGGUAUGCUGUAAGAAGGUUUGGAAAUUCUGAACAACGCGAUCCUUUAUCUGAUGUAGAGACCAAGUUGCUAUCAGAUUACAUCUUUCAUACAGCUGCUGCUAAAGCAAGUGGGGAACUUUGCCUUAACUACAUAUUUUCCUUCGGAGCCUUAGCCCGUACACCUCUUGUGGAUAGUGCACCAAAUUGGAAAGUCCCGACCUCAUUCAUUUAUGGCACGCACGACUGGAUGAAUUUCGAAGGUGCAAAGGAAGCUCGGAAACGAUUGGGAUCAAAUCUUCCAUGUGAAAUUCUUCGUGUGCCCAGGGCUGGUCACUUCGUGUUUUUGGAUAAUGCUCCCAAGUUUCAUGAUGCACUAUUCUAUGCCUGUCGGAACUAUUUGCCUGGGGGAUCUCGGUUCGAACUACCUGAAGAGAUCCUUGAAGUAUAAAGUAGAGCUACUUGCAUGAUGUUACUUUAGUUAGAAAGCUUUAAAUCGUCGUUUGAGAUCGGUUGCAUAAUUUGUGGAGCUUUUGAUCAUCAACGAUUUUAAUUGUGAAAAGCAUAGGAUUUGGGUGCCGCCAGAUUGGCUCUCCAGUUACUUGACCGAUGGCAAGCAUUCAGUUACAUUUGUAGUGCAGUGAAAAUUUGAAACCUUGGAUGGUUCUGACUUUGAACCGUCCAUAGAUCUUGAGAUUAGGAAUCUUUAAGUGUCGACAUUAAGAUAUUGAUGUACUGCCCCGGCUCAUUACAGGCUUUGCCUUGUUCAAUUUUUUGAUCUCAAGGAUUGUUAUUGGAAUAAAAAUUACAAUGCAUUUCUGUUUCAA